UUAAAUUUUUUUAAUGCAUGCGUAUGUGUGCGAACUAAGGUAACACCGAACUCAGUGGUGCGCCGGCUGCUCCAAGAGAUAGUACGCACGUCUCAAGCGCGGAUAAAAAGAGCGGACAAAAGUGAAGCGCGUGCGCCACAAAAGUUAAAUUUCUGCUUUCUGCAAUAUAUUGUGAAAAUUACGCGCGCGGUUUGUUUCUCGUAUUGCAAUUAGCAGUUAAUAAACGUGUACACAAAAAGAUGCCAAUAAAAUACAAGCAUAUAGUGACAAAGUGAUUCAAAGCAACAAUAGAAAAUGUGAAAAUUUCCAUUUGCCGAGCCAAAGCGACGCGCAGCAUUCAGCAUCAAACGGAGCAUCCUUCCACAUCGAUUGUCAAUUAAAUGGCAAAGCCACGCAGAAAACGCUUCCGUUUGAGGUGCGCACAGAAAGAUGGCAAAGUACAAAACGAUGCGCAGCCCAAUGGAUGCAGUUAAUCGCUUCAGAAACCACAACAACAACAACAACAACAGCAGCAACAGCGGCUGGAACAGCAUUAGAAUGAUGGUGAAACGCUUUCUGUUCAUCUGCUUCUUUCUGGCAUUCGGCAUUUGGCUGAUCGCCGUGCACCAGCCGGACACGGAGGAGGCAUACGCCGUCAGCUCUGUGAUACCAGCCACACAAAUGCAGCAGCAAACGCAACCGAGUGCCAAUGGCAGUAAACCAAACCAAAUACACGACCCUAGUCGCACUCAGCAACUUAUUAGCAACCUUAGUAGUUAUUAUUAUUAUAGCCCUAGCCUAGUUAGUCUAGACAACGCGGCCACGCCCGCCCCCAUGCCCACUGCGGCCAGUCGAUCGCCGUCAGCUCCGCUCUCAGCGUCGUCGCCGUCGUCUCCGCCAGCUUCAGCCACGCAGUUACCCUCGGAUGCCAGCCAGCUGAUCGAUCUGCAUCACUUUGCAUAUCUGAUGGCACAGCCUGCCUGUGAGUCGCACAUCCAGGCGCUUAUCCUGGUGCACACAGCGCCGUGGAAUGCCGAAAAACGCUCGCUGAUACGCGAAACGUGGGGCGGAUCGAGCAUGACGUCUGCCCCAAUGCCGCUGCGUGUUGUCUUUCUGCUGGGCGCCGUGUCGCAGGCGGAUCAACAGCUGCAGCUGGCCCUGGAGCAGGAGAAUGUGCGACACGCGGACAUGGUGCAGGGCAACUUUCAGGAUGCGUACCGCAACAUGACCUACAAGCAUGUGAUGGCCUUUAAGUGGUUCAACAGCAGCUGCUCGCACGCCCAACUGUUGAUUAAGGUGGACGACGAUGUCUAUGUGAAUACGCCGCUUCUCAUCCAGCUGCUGUCCAACACGAAUCGCACCAAUUCCAGCUCGCUGCGUGGACUGCUCCAGCAGCCGCACGAUCUGCUCUUCUGCCGGCCCGAGCUGAGGUCCCGAGUGAAGCGCUCCUAUCGCUCCAAGUGGCGCGUCAGCUUUAAAGAGUUCGCCGGCGACUAUUAUCCGCCGUAUUGUCCGGGCUUUGCGAUUGUCUACUCGCCGGACGUGGUGCAGCGCCUCUAUCAGGCCGCCCAGCAUGCCGGCUACUUUUGGGUGGACGAUGUACACAUAACCGGCGUACUGGCCCAGCAGACGAACACAACGAUCACCACGCUGAAACCGUAUGUCCUUUACGAAUCGGCGUGUGAGCGUCUGCUCAGCGGGCGAAGCGAUCCCAACCAGCUGGAGUUUCUGUUUACGGGCCACAGCAUCUCGCCCGAGCAGAUAAGGCGCCUGUGGCAGCUGCAUGUGGCACAAAAUGGCACCCAAAGAAACGAGGAGUCGGCCCAAGAGACGGGCUUGAGCUAGCUUCAAGCAUGAAUUGAAAUGAGAGUUUGUUUUGGCUGUUUUUUUUUUUUUUUUUCCUUAAGUUCAGGGUUUCUCUUUUAAAUUAAGUUGUUAACCUAGGCUCUAGCAAUUAGAUUAUGAAUUAAUAAACUUAGUUAGCAUUUGUCAGAGGAGAAGGGAAGAAGAUGAAGUGAGGAGAAGAGUUCAAGUUGAAGUCAAGUGAACCACCAACCACCUGCCUACAAUCAUUCGUAUAUCAUAUAUGAUAGCAUAACUGAAGCAUUACGAUAAAGCUAACGAUAAGACAAACAUUCAAAAGCCUCUCCGGGUGAUAAAUACACACACACACACAUACUGCUACAAACACACAUUCGUAUAUGCGCAUAUUUAAGCACAACUCUUAAAACUAAGCAACAACAACAACAACAAUAGCAUGUAAUAAUACCAAGAUCUUAAGCUAAAAGUGUUUUAAUCUGAAUAUUUAAUAUAUAUAUAUAUAUAUAUAUAUUUGAAUAUAUAUAUAAAGAAAUGUAAAACUCUAGCAAAACAUGACAUAGCGUAAAACAAAAUGUUUAGUCUGAUAAAAUGUAAUAAAUUGUUUAAUUUAUUAUGUAUAUUAAUGGAAUGUCAUAUGGAAAUCUGUUGAGCGUACUUAGUAAAUCGAAUGUCGAAUGUCGGCGUCAAUUUACCAAUAAUGUAUUUUUUGUAUUCGUCUAUAACAAAUAACUAUCUAAUUUUAUUCAAAGUGUAAUAGGUAUAAUUGAAUAACAACAAAUGCAAAAAGUGAGUUACAAAAUAAAGGGAACAUUUAAGCCAGGAACGUUAACACAAAUAUCAAAAGGGAGAAUGAAUUGAACGAACGAAAGAGAAAAUUUGUAACAAAUGAAAUUUAUAAAUGUGUAAUGAAAUUAACUAAAUGUUCAAGUUUGUCAGAAAUUAUAUAUACAUACACAUACAUAUAUGAAAGAAAACAAAAACUUACAAAUUGU